GGCAAGUUAGCCGAUGAUUAAUGAGUAGUUACACCCACAAUCAAAUCACAAAUGGCAAACGUUUGUGAUGGUGGUGGACAGAUUGUAAAACUGGGGAUGGGGUUUUGUGGGUUAAUGGGGACCCACACACACAUCGAGGAAGGCAUAAUAUGAUUUGAGCUUGACAGCUUGGUUUUCUUCGCCCUAAACGGCUAAAUCCACUCUUUAUAAACUACCCCAUCCCUUCUCUAUCUCUCACACUCAUUCGAAUCCAUUACAAGUUUCUCUCUUUUUCAUUCCAACUUCGAUUUCAUCGAAAAAAUUUAGUACCCAUAAACAGUUAUGGCGGAGGAAGUGUCAAAGGUGGCCGCAGAGGGAGGGGUGUCUAAAGUGGUGGAAGAGGAGGUGGUGGUGGUGACUGAUGUGAAACAGGCGGACAAGAUUGCAGCAGAGAAUGUGGUGGAGAAGGAGCCGCCAGUGCCGGAGACUGAGGAGGAAGAGGUGAAGCCAAAAGGAGCAGUGGAGGCUGAGGUGGAGAAAACCAGAUGUGAUGACGCUGAGAAGGUCCCUCUGUCUGGUUCUUUUGAGGAAGAGAGCACUAAUGUUGCUGAUCUUCUUGGUUCAGAGAAGGAAAUUCUUGAUGAGCUUAAGCAGCUUGUUCGACAUGCGCUUAAUAAGCACGAAUUCACCAGUUCAAUACCACCGCCAGAAUCAGCACCCAUAGAAGAAGCCAAAACAGAGGAACCCACAAAGCCAGAGACAACGAAAAAUGAAGCAGAAAAGGAAGAGAAAACUAAAGUAGCAGAGGCGGAAACAGAGGUUAUUGAAGAAAAAGUGGCAACUACUAAUGCUGUUGUUGAUGAUGAUGGUGCUAAGACUGUUGAAGCAAUCGAAGAAACAAUCGUGGCAGUCUCUUCCUCUGUUUCACAAGACCAACCCAAAAUGUCUACCGAAACAGAGCCUGAAACAAAAGCUACUGUGGCAGCAGAGGAAGAGAAUAAGACUAAAGAAGACAAAUCCGAGAUCCCAUUACCUCCAGAAGAGGUAUCCAUAUUUGGGGUUCCAUUGCUGGCAGACGAGAGAAGCGAUGUGAUUCUGCUGAAGUUUCUCAGAGCACGAGAUUUCAAAGUCAAAGAUGCAUUCACCAUGCUCAAGAACACAAUUCGCUGGAGGAAGGAGUUUGGGAUUGAUGAAUUGCUUGAACAGAACCUUGGUGUUGAUGAUUUGGGGAAAGUAGUGUUCAUGUCUGGUUUUGACAAAGAAGGACACCCAGUUUGCUACAAUGUGUAUGGGGAGUUCCAGAACAAGGAGCUUUAUCAGAAGACAUUCUCAGAUGAAGAGAAGAGACAGAGGUUCUUGAGAUGGAGAAUUCAAUUCCUUGAGAGGAGUAUCAGGAAAUUGAAUUUCUCUCCUGGUGGGAUUUCCACAAUUGUUCAAGUCAAUGACUUGAAGAAUUCACCUGGACCUGCUAAGUGGGAGCUUAGACAAGCAACCAAACAAGCUCUGCAAUUGCUCCAAGACAACUACCCUGAAUUUGUAGCCAAACAGGUGUUCAUCAAUGUGCCAUGGUGGUACCUUGCAGUCAACAAAAUGAUAAGUCCAUUUUUGACACAGAGAACCAAAAACAAGUUUGUGGUUGCAGGUCCUUCAAAAUCUGCAGAGACCCUUUUCAGGUAUAUGUCUGCUGAGCAAUUGCCUGUUAAGUUUGGAGGACUAAGCAAAGAUGGUGAAUUUGGGACAACUGAUGCUGUCACUGAAAUCACUCUCAAGCCAACAGCAAAACACACUGUGGAAUUCCCAGCUACAGAGACAUGUUUACUGACUUGGGAAGUAAGAGUGGUGGGAUGGGAUGUGAGUUAUGGAGCAGAAUUUGUGCCAAGUUCACAAGAAAGCUACACAGUGAUCAUUCAAAAGAAUAGAAAGUUUGCUUCAACUGAAGAACCAGUGGUGUGCAACAGUUUCAAGAUUGGUGAGCCUGGAAAGGUAGUUCUCACUAUUAACAAUCCAACAUCCAAGAAGAAGAAGCUCCUCUAUCGCUUGAAGACCAAGACUUGUUCAGAUUGAAUCAAAAUCUAUAUCUAUUUUGGUUAAGAUGUUUAAAAGAAGUGAAGAACAUGAAAGGUGCUCUGCCCUAUGAGAGACAAAUUGAGAUCUUAUAUUAAGGCUAAUUGUUCUUGAAGUUUGUUUCUUUACAUGUUUUCAAAUCAAUUUUUGUUAGGAUAACUACUUUGGUGAAAUCGAAUUAAUAUUUGUUGCUGAUCCUGGUAAAAGUUGAAUGAGUGUGUUAAAAAAUUAUAUAUAUGUUAUUAUUAUAUGAAUUUAGUACAUGUGUUUGCUCACA